UGUCAGCAGGCUAGCCACAUUCUUUCCCCUUUUAAACCAGUUUUUAAGUUGGAAGUUGGAACUCACGCCUCCAGCCCUGUGGGGUUAGGAUACACGAUGAAUCGAGUCCAUGGCUUGCACUUGAUCGUACUCACCUCCCUGUGUUGCGUUGCUCUUUCGGCGGGCGAGGGCGAUCGCCGCAGCGUUCUGUGGCGCGGCGGCUCCAUCGCCGUGGAGGACGCCGCCGACAGCGUCCUCGUGUCGCCGAGCGGCAACUUCUCGUGCGGCUUCUACAAGGUGGCGACCAACGCCUACACGCUCGCCGUCUGGUUCACCGCGUCCGCCGACGCCACCGUCGCGUGGACGGCCAACCGCGACACCCCCGUGAACGGCGUCGGCUCGCGCGCCGAGCUCCGCAAGGACGGCUCGCUGGUGCUGCAGGACUACGACGGCCGCGUCGUGUGGAGCACCAACACCAGCGGCACGCCGGCCGACCGCGCCCAGCUCCUCGACACCGGCAACCUCGUCGUCUCCGACGCCGCCGGCAACCGGCUGUGGCAGAGCUUCGACUGGCCCACGGACACGCUCCUGCCGGAGCAGCCCGUGACGCGGUACAGGCAGCUCGUGUCCGCCGAGGCGAGGGGCUCCCCGUACUCCGGCUACUACAAGUUCUACUUCGACAGCAGCAACAUCCUCAACCUGAUGUACGACGGACCGGAGAUCAGCAGCAACUACUGGCCGGACCCCUUCAAGAAGUGGUGGGACAACAACCGGACGGCGUUCAACAGCAGCCGCCACGGCAGCUUCGACCGCCGCGGCGUCUUCACGGCGAGCGACCAGCUGCAGUUCAACGCCUCCGACAUGGGCGACGGAGGCGUCAUGAGGCGGCUCACGCUCGACUACGACGGCAACCUCCGCCUCUACAGCCUCGACGCCGCCGCCGGGCGCUGGCACGUCACGUGGGUCGCGGUCCAGAGGCAGUGCGACGUGCACGGUUUGUGCGGCCGCUACGGCAUAUGCACGUACAGCCAAGGCCCGACGUGCUCCUGCCCCGACGGCUAUGUGCCUCACGACGCGAGCGACUGGAGCAAGGGAUGCCGGCGCACGUUCGACGUCAGGUGCGGCGAGGACGUCGCGUUCGCCGAGAUGCGGCACACCGACUACUGGGGCUUCGACCUCAACUACACCGCCGGGAUCUCGUUUGACACGUGCCGGCGUCUCUGCCUCGUCGACUGCCGCUGCGAGGCGUUCGGUUACCGGCAGGGCACCGGUGAGUGCUACCCCAAGAUCUCUCUCUGGAACGGCCGGGUUAUGAGCAUUCCGUACCAAACCAUCUACCUCAAGUUCCCUACGGGUGCCAAGAACCUGAACCCGUCCUUGCUGCACUUCGAUGGCCACACCUGCACCAUGGACGAACGGGACGCUACGGUCAGCAGCUCGUACCUUCAUGGCAGGCGCAACACGAUAAACUUCAUCUACUUCUACAGCUUCCUCGCGGUUGUGUUCGUCGUGGAGGCCAUUUUUGUCGUCGUGGGUUACCUGUUUGUCUUUCGAGCUGACUCCGUGGCGGCAGGACGGGUCGGUGAUGAAGGGUACAGCUUGGUGUUUAGCCAUUUCCGGAGGUUCACCUACGACGAGCUAUCAGACGCGACGUGCGGAUUCAGAGACGAGAUUGCUAAGGGCGGGACGGGAUCCGUGUACAAGGGUGUUCUUGAGGAUGGCCGGAGCAUCGCCGUGAAGCGGCUGGACGAGAUGACGCAGGCCGACGAGGUGUUCCGGUCGGAGCUGAGCGUCAUCGGGCGGAUCAACCACAUGAACCUCGUCAGGAUAUGGGGCUUCUGCUCGGAGCACCCGCACCGCCUCCUCGUCUCCGAGUUCGUCGAGAACGGCUCGCUCGACAAGGCCCUCUUCUGCGACGACGGCGAGAGCUCCGGUGUGGUGGUGUUACCAUGGCGGUCGAGGUACAAGAUCGCCGUGGGCGUCGCGAAGGCGCUGGCGUACCUCCACCACGAGUGCCUGGAGUGGAUCGUGCACUGCGACGUGAAGCCGGAGAACAUCCUGCUCGACGGCGACUUCGAGCCCAAGGUGACGGACUUCGGCCUCGUCAAGCUGCUGAGCCGCGACGCCGGCAGCCACAUGGCGCUGUCGCGGGUGCAGGGGACCAGGGGCUACAUUACGCCAGAGUGCUGGACAGUUGGUCGCUCGAUCAACGGCAAAGCCGACGUGUACAGCUUCGGCGUCGUGCUCCUCGAGCUGGUCAGGGGGCAGAGGGUGUGCGACUGGGUAGCGGCUGCGGCGACGGCCGACGGGGCAUGGAAUGUCCAGCGACUGGCCGUGUGGCUCAAGGAGAAGCUGAAGUGCGACGACGGCGAGCUGCCGGCGUGGCUGGAGGAGCUCGUGGACGCGCGGCUGCGCGGUGACUUCAACCAUGUGCAGGCAGCCGGGUUGCUGGAGCUGGCGGUUUCGUGCGUGGACGGUGAGCCUAGCAGGCGGCCGAGCAUGAGCACGGUUGUUCAUAAGCUCAUCUCGUUGGACACGAUAGAACAUCAUCUCUACGCCACUCAUGAGCUAGCAGCAAAUGCAGCAGUCGUGAGUCUCGUUGGCGACGUUGGGGGCAUCAAUUGCGUCUGCCGUGUUGAAGACUUGAAUUGUUUUUCUUGUUAGGCCAUGCACAUUAUACUUAUUCGGAAAUGGGCAAUUUUUCCAUCCUUGAAAAGCUAACAGAGGCACCAUAUUUUAUAGUGUAAACUACCUUAGGAUAUUUUCUUAAAGGCUAUAAAAUUCUUCUUUUCCAUGAUGGUGGUACUCUCUCUCUCUCCCAGUAGCUAAUCCUAUGAGGUUCAUGGUCUACCGUA